GCGGCGGCGCGGAAAACAAUGGGGUCGGGGCGGAGGGGACAGGCCGAGGCCUGAGGUGGGCAGUGAGUGCCGGCCCGGAGUCGGGCAGAGCGGGGCAGGAGGAAGAUCCGCUGCCGCGCGUGAGCCCGCUCCGCAGCCCGCGGGGACAUGGCGCGGCCGUGAGGCGGACCGGGGCCGCCGGGGGGAAGCAGAGCCCACAGUGCCAGCCGGCCCCGAGAGGCCCGGGCCCGGCCCGUGCAGCCCGCGGCCCAUGGUGCUGCCCACCUGCCCCAUGGCGGAGUUCGCGCUGCCGCGGCACAGCGCGGUCAUGGAGCGCCUCCGCCGGCGCAUCGAGCUUUGCCGGCGCCACCACAGCACCUGUGAGGCCCGCUACGAGGCCGUGUCGCCCGAACGCCUGGAGCUCGAGCGCCAGCACACCUUCGCGCUGCACCAGCGCUGCAUCCAGGCCAAGGCUAAGCGCGCCGGCAAGCACCGGCAGCCGUCCGCCGCGGCCCCGGCCCCGGCGCCCGCCGCGCCCGCCCCGGCCCCGCGCCUCGACGCAGCCGACGGCCCCGAGCACGGACGCCCGGUCGCGCAUCUUCAUGAUACAGUGAAGAGGAACCUUGACAGUACUGCAUCCCCUCAGAAUGGAGAUCAACAAAAUGGCUAUGGAGACCUCUUUCCUGGGCAUAAGAAAACCCGCCGGGAAGCUCCUCUGGGUGUUGCAGUGUCUGCUAAUGGACUGCCUCCAGCCUCGCCCCUUGGUCAGCCUGACAAGCCUCCUGGGGGAGAUGCCCUGCAGUCCAGUGGGAAGCACUCGCUGGGGCUAGACUCCAUCAACAAAAAAUGUCUGGCAGACUCCAGCCUCCACUUGAAUGGAGGCAGCAACCCCAGUGAGUCAUUUCCUCUGAGCCUGAAUAAAGAACUGAAGCAGGAACCUGUUGAUGACCUGCCAUGCAUGAUUACUGGGACUGGAGGCUCUAUAUCACAGAGUAACCUCAUGCCAGACCUCAACCUUAAUGAGCAGGAAUGGAAGGAACUCAUCGAGGAGCUGAACAGGUCAGUGCCCGAUGAAGACAUGAAAGACCUGUUUACUGAGGAUUUUGAGGAGAAGAAGGAACCAGAGCCUUCUGGCUCUGCCACACAAACACCUCUGACCCAGGACAUUAAUAUUAAGACAGAAUUCUCUCCAGCAGCCUUUGAGCAAGAACAGUUAGGCUCUCCACAAGUGAGGGCCGGGUCUGCGGGACAGACCUUUCUGGGGCCUUCAUCCGCCCCUGUGAGCACAGAUUCUCCCAGCCUUGGGGGCUCUCAGACCCUGUUCCACACCUCUGGUCAGCCCGGGGCGGACAAUCCCAGUUCGAACCUGAUGCUGGCAUCAGCCCAGGCCCAGAAUGCACAAAGAGCCCUCCCAAGUGUGGUGUUGCCUAGCCAGGGCCCAGGAGGGGCCUCAGAGCUCUCCUCUGCCCACCAGCUCCAGCAGAUCGCUGCCAAGCAGAAGCGUGAGCAGAUGCUCCAGAACCCACAGCAGGCCGUGGCACCAGCCCCAGGCCAGAUGGCCACAUGGCAGCAGACAGGGCCAUCCCACAGUCCCUUAGAUGUCCCUUACCCCAUGGAGAAGCCUGCCAGCCCUCCUGGCUACAAGCAAGACUUCCCCAACUCCAAACUGAUCAUGAUGUCUGGUGUGACCAAGAGUUCCCCCCGACCUGGAGGUCCCUACCUCCAGCCCAGCCAUGUGAACCUGCUGAGUCACCAGUCACCGAGUAACUUGAAUCAGAGCUCCGUCAAUAACCAAGGGUCAGUGUUGGACUACGGCAAUACAAAACCCCUUUCUCAUUACAAAGCAGACUGUGGGCAAGCUGGCCCUGGGUCUGGCCAGACCAAAUCAGCCUUGAUGGCCUAUCUUCCCCAGCAGCUCCCUCAUCUGAAUAAUGAGCAAAACUCCUUGUUUCUGAUGAAACCAAAGCCAGGAAACAUGCCUUUCCGUUCACUGGUUCCACCUGGCCAGGAGCAGAACCCUUCCAGUGUCCCGGUGCCAGCCCAGGCCACCAGUGUGGGGACCCAGCCACCUUCUGUGUCCGUGGCCAGCACUCACACCAGCUCCCCAUAUCUCAGCAGCCAGCAGCAGGUGGCUGUGAUGAAGCAGCAUCAGUUGCUCUUGGACCAGCAGAAACAGAGGGAGCAGCAGCAAAAACACCUGCAGCAGCAGCAGCAGCAGUUCCUGCAGAGACAGCAGCACCUUCUGGCAGAGCAGGAGAAGCAGCAGUUUCAGCGUCAUCUGACCCGCCCGCCCCCUCAGUACCAAGACCCGACACAAAGCACCUUCCCACAACAGGUUGGACAGUUCACAGGAUCCUCUGCUGCUGUGCCUGGCAUGAACAACUUGGGUCCAUCCAACUCCAGCUGCCCUCGAGUGUUCCCCCAGCCUGGGAAUCUGAUGCCAAUGGGCCCUGGACACACUUCCGUUUCCUCUCUCCCCACCAACUCAGGCCAGCAGGACCGGGGCGUGGCCCAGUUCACCGGCUCCCAGAGCAUGCCUCAGAGCAGCCUCUAUGGCAUGGCCUCUGGCAUAACCCAGAUAGUUGCCCAGCCCCCUCCGCAGGCCACCAAUGGACAUGCCCACAUUUCACGGCAGACCAGUGUGGGUCAGAAUACCUCGGUGCCAGCUGCCUACGGACAGAACUCUCUGGGGAGCUCUGGCCUCUCCCAGCAGCACAAUAAGGGAACCCUGACCUCUGGUUUAACUAAGCCACAGGUCCCAAGGAUGUCAGCAGCCAUGGGAGGCCAGAAUGCCUCAUGGCAACAUCAGGGAAUGGCGAACCUGAGCAGCCAGACGCCAGGGAACAGCAACGUAAGCCCCUUCACUGCAGCCUCCAGUUUCCACAUGCAGCAGGCUCACCUGAAGAUGUCCAGUCCACAGUUCUCCCAGGCGAUGUCCAGCAGGCCCAUGGCCCCCAUGAGCUCUGCAGCUGCUGCAGGGUCCAUGCUGCCCCCAGUGAGUACACAUCAGAGGACCAGUGCCCCAGCACCUGCUCCACCCCAGGCAGGCCCGCAGCAGGGCUUGCCUGGCCUGAGCCCAGCAGGGCCUGAUCUAGGGAGCUUCAGCCAGAGCCCCACCUCACAGAUAAGCGGCCGGACGGGACUGCACUGCGCCCAGGCCUACCCUGUGCGGACUUCGGGCCAGGAGCUGCCCUUUGCCUACAGUGGGCAGCCGAGCAGCAGUGGGCUGUCCAGUGUGGCUGGACAUGCCGACCUGAUCGACUCCCUGCUGAAGAAUAGGACUUCUGAGGAAUGGAUGAAUGACUUGGAUGACCUUUUAGGGUCUCAGUAAUUGAAGGGUUUUUGGUGUUUUUAGUGUUCAGACAUCGUGUAUUUUUGUUCUCAGAUUCAAGGAAGAGCAACUACUUUGGACCAAAAGCCUAUGCCCAGGGAAGUAGCUGGGCAAGUAGAGCCUGAGCCUCAUUGAGGCCCAGCUCUGGUCAGAUCUGCAGGGCUCCCAGGCCAGCAGUUGUGGUCUGUUGGGCUGGCCCCAGCCCCUCUGCUGGCAUCACUGCCUGGUGUUGGGACAGCAGGAUAGGGUUCUGAAGUGGUUUCCUACCCAGAUGACCAAAAAAAAACCAACAGUAGCAGCAGUGAAACCCCAUGGUGUCAGGCUUAUAAAAAACCUGUGCCAUCAUGUUGACAUUAUCCAAGGUAUCUCUACUUGCUUCAGUGCAGGGGACAAGUUUUUGUUGAAACUUUAAAUAGCAGAAUUUUUUGCAAUUUGUAGCAUAGAAGAGAUUUUUUAAAAAAUUUUUAAGAAAGGUUUUUAAGCAGAUUAGGCUAGGUGGUGGUUUGUAUUGAUUAAGUGGCGUUGAGAAUCUAAGGUUCUCUUUUGAUUCAGAGCCGUUUUUUUUCUGCUCUGUCAACAAUUUCCAGGGGAGAAGGAGGGUCACUGGAAAAUUAUUUCCCUAAGCACAGGCUGUGACUGCAGAUGCCAAAAAGGAACAGGAUGCCGUGAGAUAAUGGAUCUGGUGACUCAGAUAGGGUCCUCCUAGCAGCUCCUCCUCCUUCUGGAGCUCUGUCCUUCCUGGUUGUCACUCACUCUUGAGGACCCCAGGCUGAGGGUGGAGAUUCAGGGGUUCAGUGACCCCCACCUUCUGCAGUGUUUCUGACACUUGUAUUAACAUGGUUAGGCGCGUGGUUGUUCAGUGUGCACAGAUGGCUUUCCUCUACCUAGGCUUCAUUUCCAUGAACUUUCUUUCUGCUUCCUCUUUUCCUCUCUCCAGCCCAAAUGGGAAACAGUGAUUUACUACAUUGGAGAGGGAAAAGGAGUCAUUAAAAUUCUUUAGGGAACCCUAGCAGGAAAGGCUUAGGAGAAGAAGGCUGCAGGCCAGCCCAGGGCAAGGAAUUCCUCUGUGUUUGCUGACUUCUGCCACUCCCUCCUCAGAUGACUUGCACUUUUAAAGAUUGCUUUAUAACACUAAGAUAUCCUUUCUAAAGAUUCAUGUGGACUUUCUCCGAAGGUCUAUUAGUUAAUGGACUUGACUGAGCUGAGAGCCCACAGACUAGAAUGUGGCAGGUGGGCUAUUUGUGGGAGACAAGGAAGAGAGCACUUGUCCAGAUCCAAAGCAAGAUGGUGACGCAGAGCAAGACCCUUAAUGCAGGAUGGCGGAGGGAAAAGAGUUAAGGAAUUCACUGAGGAGUGGCUAUGUACAGAAUGGUCUGUAGAGAAACCACAACCCCAUCUCUAUUUCCCUGGAGUCUCCAGAUGGAUCAUUCAAGGAGUAUGGUAGGUAUAAAGAUUUAAGACAAGGAAAAUGCUCACGUGACUAGCCUGAGUCGUUCUUGAGGAGAUAAAGGGUUGUCCACACAUUGCUAAUUAGUUUGCACCGGCAGUGCCUUUUACACUGAGGGUACUGGGCCCCUCGGAUCCUAAUAGCCAUUAGCUACCACCAGUGGUGCAUGAGCCACUUCCCCUUUUAACCGCCCUCCCUGCCCUCCCUGCCCUCUCCGCCCUCCCCAGAUGUUCAACUCAGAUGCUCAGCUCUCACAGAAGGGGGUGAGUUAUAAAGCCAGUGAAGAUGCUGCCCUCUGAGCAAGUUCCCCAAUCUGUAGGGGAAGAGGGUGACUUCAGCAGGUUUUCUACCAAAAAUAGGGCUGAAGGCUGGUUAUGGGUCCUCACUCCUCUGGUGGUCUCCCCGGCUGCUGCCCCCAUCCAUCCCCAGGGCGCUCACUGGCCCCAGCACUCUGCCUUAGUCCCCGGCUGGCUACACAAACAGUGGGCGUCUUACUUGCUGCAGUGUCAUAGCAAUAAAAUGUGAUUCUUGGGGUCCCCCCACAGAGCUGCCCAUGGCUUUAUUUAUGAAUCUGGCUUUGGGGAGUCCAGGGAGGAGAUGACUGUUUCCGUGCACAUCCCCAUCUUCCCAGAGCCAAGACUCAGAAGAAAAGGGUGCUCGGACUUCUGUUAUACACACGUGCUUUGUGUAAAUAAAUGUUUACAAUUUUAUAUUGAAGAUGGAAUAAGCGUUAGAGCUUCCCACUGUAUAUUUUUUACUUUUAUAGAUUUUAAAACUAUGAUCCUUUAUAUAUGUGUUUUGGGGGAGCUAUGAUAAGUUUUAUGGCAAAUAGUUGGUAUUGUUAACUUUUUAUGUCAUCAAAAGUACAUAAAAAUGCUAUUAAUCCCCUUAUUCUUCUAUUUCCCUUGACUCUGGUAUAUACCAAAAAGAAAUCUUUACUUUCCUUGUUUUAUCAUUAUAAAAGUA